GUGGUGCUGGGGGUGGCUUUUUCCAGAGUUAUUGUUGUAGGGGCAAAGCAGGUAGUGGGGAGAUCGGCCUAGAAGAGGAAGGUGGCAGAGAUCUUUAGAGGUAGGAGCUUUUGUUUGGUUGUUUAGAGAGGAGGGAGAGAUAUUUUUUAUUAGGGGGGAUCCCGGAGUUGAAAAAAGAGAGGAGAGGCGUAUGAGAAGGUGGUGAGAGAGAGACAGCUGGGAGUAGGGGUAUUCGUUGAGCGAGAGAGAAGGUAUUCGUUUAGCUUGAGAGGAAUCUCUUGAGCUGGAGGGAAGCUUUCAGGGAAAUAGAGGGAGCUGGGGAGGAGGAUAGUAGGAGUUUUCCAUUGCUGUAGGAGGGUGGUCUUGGCUGCUGCGGUUGGAGAGAUUUUUUUUUUGCCUAAGGGAAGAGGAUAGAGGGAGAGAUUAGAGAGUGGAGAAGAGGUGCUGGGGAGAUCGUUUUACAAAGGUAUUUUGGAGUAGUGAUUGAGGAUCCUUUGAAGCUAAACAGAACAUCAGCACUCUCAGGUAUGAAAGCAAAAGGUUUAUUGUUAGUUUUUGAUUCUUAUUGCUUCUCCAUAGUUGCUGUUGAUAUUUUGAAUGCUGUUUAGUUUGUUGGGAUGAAAUCUUGCUUUCACGGUUGCCAUUGCUGAUUUUGGUAUACUCUGCUUCUAUUAUGAAUGUGCCUCAAUGUUGUAUUUAAAACGGAUUUUCUCACCUAAUCAAAGGGUUCAUGGAUGACUCAUGAAGUGAAACCUCUGAGAGUCAUUUUUACUCGUUUUCUUUUGUGUUUUAUACUCCAUCCAUUCUUUUCUCUGUUUCUGGGCCUUGAUCAAUGCAAAAGCUGUGGGAAAGUGGAUCCGGUUUUGGACUGUGUGCUCCUUCAAAGAUCUGACAUGGAGAAAAGGGACUGUGACUGGGGAUGAAAUUCUUUUGUGAGGUUCAAGUGAGGCUAUCAGGCUUCAUGACUGGGAACCUGGGGAGUUUGGUUGAUGGAGUAAGAUGAUUAUAUGCAGAGAAGGUUGAUGACUAUGGAAUCUGAAUCUGAAAGUGUUUGCAUGAGAAUAUACGCCGCGGAGAAAUAUCAUAGAGAGAUGGUGAUCCUUGUGACUAGUUGCUUGAGAAGAAAGAUAGCUGAGAGUCGGAACAGAAAAGAACGUUCACAGGCUGAUUUUUGAAGAUGUUGAGCUCCACUCAAUUAUCCACCAGGUGAGAUCAAUGGUACAGUUAAUAUUGCAAACCUGGUCUGGGGGUUUCCAUUACCUAAGGAUGGUGUCGUGAUGGCUCUCAUAUGCAUGCAGUGCAUGCAUUUUCCCCUCAUAGCACUCUCCUUACCCACUAUACCAUGCGCCUCCACCUAAUUGUUUCCCAUUUUUCACGAGUUAAAAUCUCCAUACCACCCCCCUCAUGUGUAUCAUCACUCAUGCAUACCCAUUUCCUACAUUUUCUCUCUCCUCACCACUCUGCAUACCCGUUUUCUAUCACAUUCCACAUCCAUUCUUUCUCCUGAUGCAUGGCCAUAAGAGUCCACAUUAACACCCAUUACGUCUUUCUCCAGCCACCUAUAUCCUAUUAGACACCAUUCAUACCCGUUUCAUAUGCAUGGCCAUAACCACCACCUCAUUCUCGGCUCAAUUCCUUCUCAUUCACAUGCGAUUGAAGACCUACUGUGCGUGGUCUCUCCUUGGUGAAAUCUCCCAGGCUCUCCCUACAUUUCCCUCAGAUUUCGAGAGCAGAACUGAGCUCAACAUAGCCACUAUCCAGUUCUUAAAAGCGAGGCAUAUCUCCAACAUUCAUGGCAAUCUAAUCGUUGAGAGGUUGCAUCUGAGCUCAACUGAAUUUGGCUAUCCGAGAAAGGAACAUGAACCUUUUGGAGCUUUUGGCUUUGCAAUUUCUUAGUUUUGCUGUUGAGAGCCUUACAGAAGUGUACUUCUCUAAUGAAUGCGACUUGAAUAUGACUAUUGAGAUGCUUACUCAGCUCGGCUUAUUGUGUGGGAUGUUGUCUCUCUCUGCUUAGAUAUUUGUUAUUUCUCUGAUUGUGACGUUUAUUAUAUGGGUAUGCUAGUUGGUGAUGAUAUUGGAUCGAGAUAAAAUUGGUUUGUCUGUAAUAAUGGCUGGCAUUGCUUUUUUUUUGUUGGCAUUCUAUUCAAUCAUGCUUUGGUGGAGAACACAAUGGCAAAGCUCAAAAGUUGUAGCUGUUCUUCUUCUUGUGGCAGUUGCCCUGCUCUGUGCAUGCGAACUUUGUGCUGUUUGUGUUACAGCAGAAUGGUCUUUGAUGGAAAAGGUCUCAAAGGGAAAUAAGGAUCCAUAAGUGGACUUCAACGAAAAGCUUGAUGAAUUUGCAGAAAUUGAAAAGUGCAUUGGGGCUCCCAUCCUGUUGGAAAUGAGGUGUUAUAAAUUCUGAGGUCUGGGACCUCUGGAAGUUUAAUUUCCUCUGAACUGUGCCUUCGUUAGAUCAAACAGUAAUAACCUUUAAUUCUCAUGGAAUAGAGAUGACAGAGAAGUGGUUGGAGAUGCGGCUGAUUUUGGGAAUUGUCACAAUAAUAAGAGCAGAGAUACAGAGGGACGAGAGAGGAAUGGUAUCUCACCAGCUGCAAAGGAUAGCUUGAGCCCUACAAUGGACAGCAGAGUAGCAAAUAACCCCCCUUGCUGUCACUUCACCAACUGCUGGAUCUGCUUCUUUGAGGAGUCCAAGGAAUAAUCCAACCCUUAAUACUGCGAGCAAGCACCCAUUUUCUAUGCCCAGACAUCAACCCAAUGGCGCUGACCCCAAAGCUUUCUGUCAGUCCACUCUUACCCCUUCAAAUACCGAUUAAGCCCACUACUCAUCAUAACCCCAUAUCCAUCUAAUCACCACCCUAUUCUCCAAUGCCUAUCUCCCUCAUUGUUUUCCUCACCACCCCACCUUCAUUAUCUCACACCCAUACAUAGCAUCAAAUCAUCCAAUACCCAUCCUUUCCACCGUGGCCGCAUGUGUUCUCUCUGUUAAAAAAUAUUUCCACUUCCUGUUUCGAGAAAGCCUCCACAAUCAUUUCUUGCAAACAUGGAAGAUUAUAUAAGAGAAGCAUCAAGGAUGGUUUCUGUUCCGAAUGAGCCAUUGCUGCAGUUGACACACAAAUCAGAAGAUGCUCCUCCUUCUGAAGACUCAAGAUUACUUAGUGAUGAUGACCCAAGCUAAAGCCUCCAGAAAAUGUUGAAGUCUCCAGUGUUGAGGUUGCUCAUCCUUCUCCUCAUCUCCCGUCAAACAACUUGGAUGAUGGAGAUUCUACUGGGAAUAAAUGUUGUUGCUCAUGAUGCAUCUGCAGAAGAGGAAAGCAUGCUAGCAAUCUUGAAGGAGAAGAGGAAGGAAUUAUUGGUGCUGCGGGGACUGCUUGUUUUGGAGGUAAUUCUGUAGAGUGCUGUCAAUGGCGAUCUACACUGCGCUGUUAGUGGCUUUCUCAUCACUAUUUCUGUAACAGCUGGAGUACAAAAGACAUGGAGAUGUUUGAUGCGCCUAAAGCUUGAUUGGCCACAUGUGAUGGGAUUUAGAGAAGGUAUUUUGUGCUGACAUACUGAACUUUUUGACGAAGCUGUACGUGAAGGAAUAGCAUUAUCGAUCCCAUUCAGUUACAAAGACGUCGAAUUCCUUGAAACCAUCAAGUUUGGUGACAUCCUCGUGGUUUCGUUCCAUAUUGUGGGUAAUGCAAUGUCAGUUAGGGUGAAAGUGGCAGUGGCGGAGAUAAGAUCUUUUAGCUAAGGGUUCAUGCAGAGGCCACGCAAGGGUAGUCCAUGUAGAUGUGGCAAGUGAAAUUAACGGAAGAGUUGAAUCUGACCCAUUGGCAAGGUUUGCAUGGAAGGAGUCACAAGAUAAACUUUGAAAAUGCCAAGAUGGUUGAAGAACUCAUCAGUCUGGACCGGUGCAAGGGCUUGACUUUUCCUGAGAUACUAGAUAUGAUCAAUGAGCCCAAAGAACCCUCAGACCCGCCGGGUAGGCAUCUCCUUGCAUGAGUGCAUUUGCUGUUGGUCAGUCUGCAGCAUUCAAGAUGUUUGAGACGAUACAUAGGAAGCCGGAGAUAGAUGUUUGUGACACCAAAGGGAAGAUAUUGGAGGACAUUCAAGAAAAGAUAUAGCUCAGAUACAGAUACAUGGAGAUUCAGUUCAAGGGUGGCACGGAUGGUUUAUGUCAAGUUUGGGAGAAACUAUAUCGCGGUCAUCUCCAACCUCCAGGGCAAGCAUAGCGUGGAGCUUAUAUAGACUUUUCUGGGCAUUUUCAGCAAGUUCAAAGGCGCUGUUAUAAAGAAUGAACGCUGCCGACGACACGACCAGAUUGGACACUUUUCAUAGCGACAAAAUUGGAGUUCUCAUGCUGAAUCAUCCCACUGAUUGAUUGAAAUCUUGUUGAGACUUUUUAGCCAAAGAUGGGGACAAAGACAGUCAUCUUGCUUACGGUCAGAAUAUCAAAGUUGGAAAAUUGAAGCGCCCGUUGAUAUAGUCACCCUUAACACGCUCGUUGAUCCAAAAGAUGAUGAAACAGCUUCAUAAAAGCAUGAUCAGAUUCUGGCCAGCACGUAAGGACACGUAUAGGAAAUUGAUUUCUGAUGGAGGGGUCAUCUCAAGCAUCUUGGUAAUGUAUUUGCUGCACCACAUGUCCUGCUGAAGAGAUGCUUCAGUCAAAUGGUCAGAAUUCCAUCAUCAUCGCUGGGGAUAUCAAUAUGUCUCUUUAGGCUUGAGACUCUUUUUGAUGAGGAUGCACAGAUUGUAAAGAAUGCGGGAAUUACUAGCUUUGCUUCAAUGAGGAAUGUCUGCUCUCCUCAGCAUUCGAGUAAUAAAGAUUUGAAGGACUCCACAGGGAUAUCUUUUAGAAGAUGUAUGCAGCCUGUAGAGAAGUGUUCAAGGGAUGUUUGGGAUUUAUUUCGAUCAGUUGGUAGUGCAGUACAUGGAUGGCCAGCCCAUAUAGCAAGAUCAUGUGAUUCAUUUGAAGAUGAGUUGUUGACAGAGCAGAUGUAGUGGCACUCCAGAUUGCAUUCUUACUUGGUUUUCUCUCAUCACCUUUUCAUUUGUAUGUCAAUGCGUGGCUACCUUUGAGGAAUGUGCUAUCUCCCAUUCCCCUCUUUGAAUUUUUAAGAUAAUUGCCCCAAAUCCUAUUUUGUAAAUAUUCUCUUAAAUUCAGCUUUUCAAAUAAUCCCAACUCCUCCUAUUUUCUAAUAAAAUUUGGCUACCUUUUUCUUUCUGGCAAGCCAUUUUUAAAUUUUCUUUGUUUUUUAAAGUGUUUUAAAAUAAGCAUGGAUUUAAUUCCAUAAUUUCGAAUAAUGGAAUUUAUGGGAUUAAUUCAUGCAAAAAUAAACGGGCUUUGGUGGGGGCCCAACAUCAAAUAAAUUUUCGUCAAAAUAAGAGUGAAUUUGAAUGAAAGGCUAUGUGGGCUAUUGAUGCUUUCUUUAUCUAAUUUGGUGAUAUGAGUGACAUGCUUUAUGUUCAUUACUAUGCACUAAUCCCCUUUUGUGAUAGCGCGUUGCCGUUUGCUGAUCAGGUACGCAUCUACUUCCACUUUGGUUAUUCUUUAUGCAUAUUCUGAUACUCAUAUGUGCAUGAUUGAUUCAAGUAUUCAUUGAUUUUCUUAUUGAUUGCCAUGUCAACUUCAUCUCAUUAGUAGAGACCCGACUUUAGGGACUUAGAGGGGUGCUACGGUCUUUACCGUACCUUCCCGAUAAGUAACCUGACCCCCGAACUCGAUCCGGUUUUUCACAGACCACCUUUUCCAAAAUAAGGAGUCACACUUAGGGUUUUCUUUCUUAUUUUGUUUACCCUUUAAAAAUAAAACAAAAAUAAGUGGCGACUCCAAGUCAUUUUUCUUAAUUAAUAAAAAUCAAUUUUUUGAAAUAAAAAAUCGAGCUCGCCAUCGAGUGGGAAACGCAUUGAGCCGAAAAUGCGAGGUCCACAAUGGGGUAUUUGUUAAGUUUUAGUUUUAGUAGGAGAUUUAAAUAAUAGUAAUAAUAGUUUAAUGCAAAUAAAUAUUCUUAAAAGAUUUAAUUUAGAUAAGUUAGAAAAACAAAAAUUAUUGUUUAGGAAGUUGAAAAUAAUAUUGGAUGGUAAUAAUAUUAAUAUGAGAAAUUAAUUAGGAUCCCUAAUACUAAAUAAAAUAUUUUUUUAAGAUUGUCAGAUUUAUAUAUUUAGAUAAAUAUGUGUUUUGUAUGGAAAAUAUUUUUGAGAAUUUUAUUUGUUUAUUUAUGAAAAGUGAAAAAUUGAGGAGAUAUGAUAUUUUGUUUUACAAGUUUAAAUUAAUAAAAUAAAGCAUUUGACUUUGGUUUCUAUGAUUCUAGUUAACGGGAUAUAAUUGUUAACAUUUUCGACCUUAAUCAACGUAUUAUAAUAGUUGAUAAUAUAUGGGUCUAAUCAACGGGUUAUAAUAGUUGACCUUAUAGUCAUAGUCAACGAGUUAUAAUAGUUGAUCUUAUGACUUUAGUCAAAGGGUUAUAAUUGUUGACAUUUGGUUUUGUUCACCUUAACUAGAACAAAUUUGAAACUAAUCAUUCAUUUGUGAAGUCUCACCUAAUUGAACAUCAUUUGUCAUACGAUAACCAGAGUAAAGGUUUUUUUUUAAUGUAUUUGAUUUGGUUUUGAUGAGAAAUUGUUUUGAAUUGGAUAUAAGAAAGUUUUGUUGAAAAGUUUUGAAUAUAUUAACAUGUUUAACUCAAAAGUUUUUAUGAAAAUGAAUAUAUGAUAUAUCUCCUAUUUGUAAUCAUAAUUAAAAAUGUUUGAUCCAUGAAACUGUAUUGAUGUUUUUUAUUGAGCUUUAAGCUCAUGCCCCUUCGUUGAUAAUCUUUCAGGUAUUCUCAGUUUGGGCAAGGAGUGAUGGUUAGGUUAUGGAAUUUUUCUUUGUAUGAUUUUGGUUCAAACUUUAUUUUGGACAUUGUUUAAGUGUUAAAAUUUAAUUCCCGUUUAAAUUAUUUGAAUUUGGAGUUAUUUGGACAAUAACACUCUGAUUGAUGUGUUAGUUUUUAAAGUUGAGAAUUGAGGGUCAUAUAAUUUAUUUAUUUUACUACUCUGAAUAGGAAAUUGAUAAUUGGUAAAUUCAAGUUAUAAGAUGAAUGUUGUGUUAUUUUUAUUUUGAACCUUUAGGUUUGAGGUGUGAAAUGACCGGUAUGCUUUUAAAGUGAGUUUUGGGGGGGUGACAAAAGUGGCCGGUGGAAUGUGAUUAGUUGACUUAAAUAUGAAUAGUACGAGAUACCAAAUAAAAAAUUAAACCAUUUAUUGAGCCAAUUAGCUCUAAUGUUCUACAGUGGUAAUAACAUCAACUACUAGUAAACAACCACAGAUACACAGCCGUCUGUUUCCAUUAGCAACUUCCAAACGGGUCUUCCAUUGCCUUUGGAAGUCGAUACAAGAAGCUAAAUGUAAAAGAGGGUUGAAUCCCCCAAAAUCCCAGGAUUAAAUUAAUACGAAUAUUAGUGGUAGAUAAAUGUAGACAAUGGAAGAGGGACAAGCCUUAGAAAAUGUGGACAAGGGGGUGAAGAAUCCAAAGAUCCAUGACAGAUGCCGGUCUUUCUCCAUAAAUUGUCCCCAAAUACCACUGUAGUCUUAUGAUUGAGUUUGAAAGGGAGAGUCCAUGGCUCAGAGGACCGUCUUGAAGGUUGAUAUUUGGUGCCCAAAAUGCCAGAAGAAGCUCCUCCAAGCAGUCUCUGGAUUAGAAGGUGUGAAUACAAUUGACAUUGACGCAACCAAAGGUUUAUUGACAGUAACCGGUGAGGCAGACCCUUAUGAAAUUAUAGUUCGUGCUAGGAAGGCUUGCAAACACGCUGAAGUGGUGACUAUUGGCCCUCCACCUGGUCCCUCAAAGAAGCCCGAAAAAGAGAAGCCCGAACAAAACAAGCCCGGAAAAGAGAAGACCGAACAGAAGAAGCCCCAAAAAGAGAAGCCCGAUACCAAGGUCCACUCGUCUGACAACUGCCCUAUGUGUCAGCGUUUUGCUGUCAUCCAUUUGGACCGGUGGGACGAGCCCAAUGUUAUAUGCUCUAUCCUUGGUCAUCUAUAUUGCCAAGCAGUUGUCUUAGUGGACUUCCACAUGGCUUCUAGUAGCCAAAAAUCACUUCUUGAGGUACAAGUGACAGUUGUUGAUGUAUCUACCCACCAAAACGAGAUUGACAGUGUGGGGGAUUUUAUAUUUGUACCCAGAAAGGAUAUCCUCUCUUGCUAUUUUGGGUCUAUGGAACAAACACCUGGCCCACUGCCAGAGGACAGAGGCAAAGCUGUUGGCAUAAUGAGUAAAGCACUUGAACAUUACCUUAAGAAAGCUCAGGAGGAUCAUGUUCUUGCUGGAGCAAUUGGUAUUGGAGGAAGUGGAGGCACAUCUAUUAUAUCAUCUGCUUUUAAAUCUGUUCCCAUUGGAAUGCCUAAGAUUAUUGUAUCAACUGUAGCUAGUGGUCAAACUGAACCUUAUGUUGGCACCUCAGAUUUAAUAUUAUUUCCAUCAGUAGUGGAUGUAUGUGGGAUUAACAAUGUAAGUAGGGUUGUUUUAUCAAAUGCUGGUGCUGCUUUUGCUGGAAUGGUGAUUGGAAGGCUCCAGGCGUCCAGAGAUUCUUUAAGUAGUAAUGAAAAGUUCACUGUUGGCGUAACCAUGUUUGGAGUUACAACUCCAUGUGUAAAUGCUGUCAAAGAAAGAUUGGUUAAAGAAGGAUAUGAGACUCUGGUUUUCCAUGCCACUGGAACAGGUGGAAGGGCUAUGGAGGAUCUUGUCAGAGGGGGAUUUAUACAGGGUGUUUUGGACAUCACAACAACAUCUUCAAAUUGA